AUGGAGACGUACUGGAGGGAGGUGCAGAACAUAAAGGAUGAAGAGGAAGAGAGGGAGGAAGAGGAGGAAGAGACAUGUCUGGACGAGGCGGAGCUAGAGGAGGCGUGGCUAUCAGAGGCGGGGCUGUCGUCCCUGGUUACGGGUUCAGCUACAGAGGACGGGCCUGCGGACGCACUGCUGUCCACGUUGACCCGGCAACAGGUUGCCACGGUGACGGAGAGGCUGGAGAAUUACAAGCAGACGCUGAGGAAGACGAACAGACCGGCGCCCACACACGUCCAGGACAUCUUCACCACGGUAACACAAACCAGACGGUUCCACAGAACCACGAAGACCAUCCAUAAACCCAGAGCCAACAGCCACCUAGACACGAAGCAGACAGUGGAAGCUGAUUGGCUGGUGUCUGAGCUGCCCUACUCAGAGGGCGUGUCUAACCACAAAAGGGGCGUUGCCUCCAAACAUCUCCACGGAAACACUGACCUUCUCGUCAUCCAGCUGCCCAGCUCCAGGGGGGUCCUGGUGCGAGUGGAGGACCUGUCCCCAGCAGACGUCACCCAGCUGGGCUUCAUCGCCCUCAUAGAGCUCUCUACCUUCCUGAGCCUCCUGGGGGUCCGGACCCCCAAGACCAAGACCCACCGACACAGAGCGCCAGACAGCGGUGUGUUUGGAGUUCCGUUGUCAUCUCUGUUGGAGAGAGACAGGAAGCUGUACUCAGGAGAGACAGUUCCUGCGGUCUUUAGAAAGCUGCUGUGUAUUCUAGAGCAGACCGGUCUGGACACAGAGGGGAUUCUGAGAGUCCCGGGGUCCGCUGCUAGACUGAAGUUUCUGCGCAGGGAGCUGAACAAGAAGUUCUCAGCGGGGCAGUUUGAUUGGUCGACGGUGAGGCCGCAGGAAGCUUCCGGGCUGAUGAAGAUGUUCCUCAGAGACCUCCCCUCCCCCCUCCUCACCUCCAUGCACCUCCCGGCCUACACCGCCCUGCUGGGUAUACCCUCUCAGGUGCACCAGGUUCAAGCUCUCCAUCUUCUCACUCUGCUGCUACCUGAAGCUAACAGACACCUGCUGAAGGAGCUGCUGUCCUUCCUCGGUGAGGUUGUGUCCCACCAGGACAGGAACAGGAUGUCCCUGUGGAAUGUUUCCAUGGUGAUAGCCCCCAACCUCUUCCCCAGCCGCCACGGAAACAAGCGCUGCGUCGCCCGGCAACAGCAGGAGAUGGAGGAGGCUGUGGGCGCCGCUCACCUGGUCCAGCUGUUGGUCGCCCACCGAGACCUGCUGUGGACGGUACCGUGCUUCCUGCUGGCCCAGGUGAGACGGGUGAACCAGGUGACCUGCCACAAGAAAGGUCUGAAGAAGAGACAGGACAUGAACUACAAGAACCAGGUGCCCAGUCUGUGGGAGGGGGUGAUCCGAGUUCAUGCCCCCCUACAUUCCAAGGUUUCCAUGGCGAUACAACUGGAUGGACACACCAGGGCCAAGGACGUCAUCGCCCGCUUCCAAUACGAGAACAGGACGGGUUAUGAGGACGUCAAUUGUUUGUUCGAAGUUGGAGGAAACAUUGGAGAAAGGUGUCUCCACCCAGACACUGUGCUGAUGGAUGUCCACCUGGUGAACCCUUCCUGUAGCUGGCUGCUAAAACCUCGACCACAGGCCUCCCACCACUGGGCCUAA